AUGGUUACGAUUCAGGGACCAUCUGGACUUCCAGGGUUUCCUGGACCCCCAGGACCUCCGGGACCACCCGGUCUCCCUGGAGCGUUUGACCAUACUAGAGAUCUUCAGUGUCCAUCGCUCUGUCCACCGGGCCUUCCAGGACCACCGGGAAUACCAGGAUUCAAGGGGCACACCGGUGACAAAGGAGAACCUGGAGAAGUUGGCAAAGAUGGGGAGAAGGGCUCGCGAGGACCCCCAGGCCCAGCAGGGCCUCCUGGUAACAUCGGACUGCAGGGUCCCCGAGGAUUAAGCGGAGGAGUUGGGCCAAUUGGUUUGAUUGGUGACAGGGGAGACAUUGGAUUCAGAGGAGAACCUGGAAUUCCAGGGCCUCCAGGGAAAGCGGGGUCCCGUGGUGACCGAGGCCAUCAAGGUUUUCGAGGCCCAAAGGGUGAUGCAGGUCCACCAGGUCCAAAUGGAGCUACUGGGAGCGCUGGGCCUCAUGGAGAACCUGGCCUACCUGGAAAAAACGGAAGAGACGGAGCACAUGGACUUGAUGGUGAGAAGGGCGCUGCUGGUCAUUCUGGUGCUCCUGGAGAGAAAGGCCCUCACGGACUCCCUGGACUACCUGGGAGCGCAGGCACUAAAGGAGAAAAGGGCCAGCCUGGAAGCCCUGGAGAAAUGGGAGAAUCUGGUCCUUCAGGAGAACCAGGUAUACCUGGAAAUCAAGGUAUCUCUGGUGAGAGAGGGGAACCUGGCCAAAGAGGACCUCCUGGACAAUCUGGUCUACAAGGACCUCCAGGAGCAGCAGGUGUCAGAGGUUUCCAGGGUCGUGCAGGACCAAGUGGGGAACCGGGCCGUCCUGGUGCCACUGGGCUACGGGGUGAAUCCGGCCAGCAGGGUCCUACUGGGGUUUCGGGACCCAAAGGUAACCAGGGCAUUGCUGGAGCAGAUGGACCACCUGGAAGUAAAGGAGAACUGGGCCCUUUUGGAGCUCCCGGACAGAAAGGGGAAGCGGGACAGAGAGGAGAGCCCGGCCCGAAAGGAGCCCUUGGCCCCAAUGGAACGGCUGGACUCCCAGGAAUUCCAGGCCAUCCUGGCAAAAUGGGUUUACAAGGAGAGCAAGGAAUCCCUGGGAUUGUGGGGAAACCAGGCCCCCCGGGAAAAGAAGCUAGUGAAGAACGCAUCCGAGAACUCUGCCAUGGAAUGAUCAGCGAGCACGUUGCUCAGUUAGCUGCUAAUUUAAGGAAACCCUUGGCUCCUGGACUCAUGGGGAAGCCUGGGCCCGUUGGACCUCCGGGGCCUGCUGGGACAAUGGGGAGCAUUGGACAUCCUGGGGCUCGUGGCCCACCUGGAUACAGGGGACCCCCAGGGCAUUUGGGAAUUCCUGGUCCCAGAGGUGAGUAA